GAGGUUUUUCCCUCGCUAAUAGAAGUCGACUACACUAAAAAUGAUUCCUCUAAUUUGGUUCAUCUUGCUGUUAUUUGGAGUUGGACAAAUAAUUACAUCAAAGCAUUAUAAAAUUUCAGGACCACUUGUGGAAUCGCCAUGCAAAAGGAAUCCUGUUCCUUUCUGCAGCAAUGGGUAUGAGCAAUUUUUCAACAAUCUGCCCGACGAUGAUGAAUCUCUGAAUGAAGCAUGUCGAUUCUUUACUGAAUACUAUAGAUGCAUGAAAUCUUUUUCCAAAGAAUGCGAAAUAUCAGGGAGCCGAAAAACAUUGAAAUACUUACAAAAUCUCUACAGUUUGAUUGAAGAUAUGUGUUAUAAAGAUCACUAUAUGAAGCAAACGUACCUUAAUUAUGCGAUUUGCUAUAAGAUGGCAAUGCCUGGAGUUCGAUAUUGCCAGGAAAAAUUUGAUACAGAAUAUGACUCAUUCUUCUCGGGUGAGGAUAUAAAAUUGGAUGAUGCUAAUGUGACAGAAACUGUUUGCAACAAGCAUCUGGGAAAUGUAUUAUGCAUUGCAGAAGAGAUUCGCAAAAAAUGUGGUUCUGACGCCAAGAGUAUUUUCCAAGUGGUAGUUCGUCGUUCCAAAUAUUUGCAAAUCACGUGUCCUCUGAACGAAUAACACAUCUGAAAUUUUAACAUCGACUUUGUACUUUUAUGAAAAGUAUACAAUAUAACAGCAGGGAAUAUUUUAUAAGACUUGAUAUUCAAUAAUGUGUGUUGAAUAUUUAGCUAUUGUAUA